AUGACAGCCUCGACGCACUCGCAUUCACAUGCUGGCCACUCGCACCUGCAUCACCACCAUCACCAUGAUAACACCUUUCUGUUGUCUAAGAACAAGAACGAUGCUGGCGUGCGCAUCACCAGAGUUGGCCUCUAUGUCAACCUGGGCAUGGCCAUAAGCAAGGGCUUUGGCGGAUACGUCUUCAACAGUCAGGCACUUGUGGCCGACGCCAUCCACAGCCUUACAGACCUCGUGAGCGACAUCAUGACGCUCGCAACCGUCGGCUGGUCCCUCAAGCCGCCCACGAGUCGCUUCCCAAGUGGGUACGGAAAGGUCGAGAGCUUGGGGUCGCUAGGCGUCAGCGGCAUUCUGCUCGGUGGAGGCUUCUUCAUGGGCUGGACCGCCCUCAUCGCCCUCUGUCAGCAAUUCUUCCCCGGCGCUGCCGAAGUUGCGGAACACUGGGGUCUGCUACCACAUCACCACCAUCACCAUCAUGGCAUUGAGGGCAUGGGUCCAAACAUCAAUGCCAUCUGGCUCGCUGCUGGCUCAAUUGUGAUCAAAGAAUGGUUAUACCGAGCGACACUCAAAAUCGCUGAAGAGCGCAAAUCCACCGUCCUCGCUUCCAAUGCUUACCACCACCGCGUCGACUCUCUCACAGCUUUUGUCGCCCUUCUCCUGAUUGCCGGCUCAAAUGUUUUCAACAACGCACAAUGGCUUGACCCCGUCGGUGGACUGGUCAUCUCUCUCAUGGUUGUUCAAGCAGGCUGGGGCAACACUAAGCAAGCACUGUUGGAACUGGCCGAUGUGGGUGUAGAUCAGGAAAUGAAGGACAAUGUCCGAAAGGCAGCAACCAAAGCUCUCGAGGGCAUCACAACCACAGCCGAGCCAGUAAACGUACGGGCAAUCCAAGGUGUCAAAGCGGGUCAGAACUACCUCAUGGAUAUUGAACUCGGCGUAGCUGGCGCAUGGACAGUCGAGCAGACACGUAGUGUCGAGGACAAGGUCAGAGAACAGGUGGGCGCUCAAGUACGGGGAGUGAAAAAGGUUCGCGUCCGAUUCGUGAGCAAUACAGCAAAGGAGCCAGAUUUCUUGGAUGAGUUCAUACCAGGCGACACCACUGCAUCGCCAGGCUCAGAAUCAGAGGCAAAGCACGACCACGCGCAUGAACAUGAUCACAGCCAUGAUCAUGAGCACAACAACACAACCGACGGUGCGAGGCGAAGGAAAUGA